AUGCAAUAGGAUUAGACCCUUCUUAUUAAAGUGCAUAUUAUAAUAGAGGCAUUAUUUAUAUUUAUUCUAGGAAUUUUACUAGAUGAACUUGGAAAGAUUGAGGAUGCCUUAAAGAGUUUUAAUAAGACAAUUGAGUUAAAUGCUAAGGAUGCUAAGCUCUUUAAGUGCAGAGCUGAUUUAAUGGAGAAAAUGGGACAAACUGAGAAAGCCUUCAAUGAUUAUCAACAAGCUAUUGAUCUUGACCCUCAAUUCAUUAAUGCUUAUUUUAAUAGAGCAUUGCUAUAUCAAAAAUAAAAAAAAUAUUAAGAAGCGUUGAAUGAUUUAGAUAAAAUAAUUGAACUGGAUCCUAAAAAUGCCUAGGCCUUUAAUAGCAGAGGUAACAUCUACCAUGAUUUGGAAAAGGAUAAAGAAGCAAUGAUUGAUUUCAAUACAUCUCUUUUAUUAGACCCUAAUAAUUCUAACACAUAUAAUAAUCGAGGUUAAUUUACAGUUAUAACCCUAGCUAAUCUUUUCAGCGAUUAAGGCUUAGAUUAAGAAGCCCUUAAUGAUUAUAAUAAGUCUAUUUUACUUGAUCCUUAAAGCUCCAAUAAAUAUUGUAACAGAGGGGUUUUAUUUAGAAAACAAGAGAGAAAUCAAGAGGCCCUUAAUGAUUUUAAUAAGGCUAUUGAACUUAACAAUUAAAAUGUAGAGGCUUAUAAUAGUCGAGGCAUUUUGUUUAAAGAGUUGAAUAAAAUGGAUGAAGCAUUUAAAGACUAUAAUAAGGCUACCGAUCUCAACCCAAAAUAUGUCAACUCUCUUUAUAAUAGAGGUAAUUUAUAUUAUAAUUUGGGGUAAAAAGAAAAGGCUCUAAAAGAUUAUAUGCUAGUAUUAGAACGAAAUUAAGCUCAUUCUGAUACUUAUAAUUCUAGAGGUAAUUUGUAUAUGAAUGAUGGUAAAAUAGAAUUAGCUAUCAAAGAUUAUAAUAAGGCCAUAGAAAUAAAUCCUUUGAAUCCAUUAUAUCUUACUAAUCUUGGUAGUUUAUACUAUCAUCAAAAGGAUUACAUUAAAGCUAAAAAUUUUUUUUCAUUAGCCUAAGGCUGCUUGGAAUAAAUUAUUGAUUCAAAAUUCAAAUGUAGAAAUCUUUCACCUGCAAAUAUUAGAUUUAUUUAAAGUAAAUUAAAGUUGAUUUCUGAAAUUGACAGUCAAUUUUAAAUAGCAAAAAACAAUGUUUCUCAAUUAGCAAAAAAUAACUCAAUUAACUAAUAAUAAGAAUAAGCAUUUUUAUUAGAAAUCAAUAAGAUUUAAGAAUAAGCGGCUAGUGGUAUGAAACCAACUAAUGAAUAAAUUAAUAAGGAUUAAUAAUAAUAAAUAUUGGAUUUCUUAUUUAAAAUAGAAUAAGAUGUAAAAGCAUUAUAUGAUAAGUUAGAAAAAGAGUCAAAGGUAUCAAAAGAAAAAAUUUUAGAAUUAGAAUCUAAGGUUUAGAAAUUAUAGGAAUAAGAUUCUUACUAAUUAGAAGAAGAAUUAAAUAUUUUAAAGAAACCAGAGAACUUUUAAUAAUUUUUAUAUUAUAAAUCCUUAUUUUGGCGCUUAUAUAAUUAUUUGCAUGCAAUGCAAUUAAUGUCAACUAAUCUAUUUACAAUAAACAGAGAUGCUAUGAUAGAAAGUAAUUCUGAAAAAGUGGCUGACUUUCUAAAAACUAUGUCAAGCACUGGUUCAUUUAUCAUGGGAUCUGUACCAAUUAUAGGAACAACAUUCAAUGCUAUAAAUGCAGCAUUAGAUUAUGUGGUUGAAAAAGCAAAAGAAAAUAAGUUUCAAAUUAGAAUGUAAGCACUAAACAAAAUUUAAUAAAAAUUUUUUGUUUCUCCUUCUGAAUAAGAGAGAGAAAUUCAAUUUGCAGCUAUAGCACUUGCUAAAAUGCAAAACCCCCAUAAUAAUGAUGAUUUUGAAUAAGGUGCAUUAAGUCCUUAUAUUGUUAAAUUAUCAAUUCUAGAGAGUAACUAUGAGACAAACUCUGAGUCCGAAUAUUGGAAAAGAGGAAUUUAGGAUUCUUUGAGAAUCUUAAGAUAUUUAGAAUCUAAUAGUGAUGCAAUUUUAACAUAACAAAAUACCAAAAAAUUUAGAAUUGUAAUUUAAGAUGCAAUUCAACCCCAGAAAAAAUAAGUAAUAGAUAUUAGGAAAAAUAAUAGUCAUAAUACUGAAAGAGUAGAUUCUAGUUGCUGUUAACUUAUUUGA